AUGACCUGGUCCUCCAACCUGAAGAGUCUCCUCACAGUCUUUGUCUUUACCAUCUUAGCUGUCCCUGUCAGCUUUGUGGCUACGUUUACAGACCGCAUUUUCAAGAAUAAAGGGUGUACUUCUGGAACAUGCAGUGAACUGGUACUCUCGGCGACGCUGGGGGAUCAACGAAAAUUUAGCUUUGAAAACCAUUGCUGUACAUCUAAUGAGUGCAACAAAGAUGACAUAAAACUGUCUUCAUCUUCCUCACUCAAUGGUGUUGAAUGUACUGCCUGCUACAGUGAGAAAGCCCAGUCGUGCUCCUCAGUUACUACCCUAAAGUGCACAGGGAAGGAGACAAAGUGCAUUGAGGUUACCGGCACCUCCAGCAUAGCAACAGGAUCUUCUUUAACGCUGUAUGGGAAGGGCUGUGCAACUGAAAAUGCCUGCGAUCUGCAACAGAAUGUCUUCAAUGGCAUACAAAUCAAAACCACAUGCAUCUCACCUGUUUCAAACAAUGGGAACCCUACCCUGCAAUUAAUUUCAUCAGCUCCCAUUGUUCUGCUUCUGCUGAAAGUCUUGCUUUGA